AUGUCUUACUAUCCAGGACAGCAAUAUCACAACAAUGGCUACGGUGCGCCGCCGCCGCCUCAGAAUGGCUAUGGUGCCCCGCCCCCACAGGGUUACCCACCACCACAGCAUGCCUAUGGCCCUCCUCCUCCACAACAAGGAUAUGGAGGCUAUGGACAGCCAACGCCUCCGCCCCAGCAGUAUGGGUACAACCAGGGUCCUCCUCCACAGCAGUACGGCAACUAUGGCCCACCACCACCGCAAGGUCAGAUACCGCCACCACAGCCACCUCGCCCUGGCAUGAUGCCAACGGUCAACAGCAACCAAUGGACACAUGGAAACCAACAAGCCCCUCCUCCCCCGCCAACCGGUGCCCAAAACUUCGGCCAUGGCGCCCCAAACGGAUACUCUUUCCAAUACUCGGCAUGUAACGGCCGACGAAAAGCGCUGCUGAUUGGUAUCAACUACUUCGGCCAGCGGGGUCAAUUGCGCGGAUGUAUCAACGAUGUGAAGAAUAUGAGCACGUAUCUGAACGAAUUCUUCGGGUACAAAAGAGAAGAUAUGGUGCUGUUGACAGACGACCAGCAGAACCCAAUGAGCCAACCUACAAAAGCGAACAUCUUGCGAGCAAUGCACUGGCUGGUCAAGGACGCGCGGCCGAAUGACUCCCUGUUUUUCCACUACUCAGGCCACGGCGGCCAGACCAAAGAUCUCGACGGCGACGAAGACGACGGCUACGACGAAGUAAUCUACCCUGUUGACUUCCGCACCGCCGGCCAUAUUGUCGACGACGAAAUGCACCGCAUCAUGGUCGCCAAUCUGCAGCCCGGUGUCCGACUAACGGCCAUCUUCGACUCCUGCCACUCGGGCUCCGCGCUCGACCUCCCCUACAUCUACUCCACCCAGGGCGUCCUCAAGGAGCCCAAUCUGGCCAAAGAAGCAGGGCAAGGUUUGUUGGGUAUUGUGUCAAGCUAUGCGCGUGGGGAUAUUGGUAGUAUGAUUGGCAGUGCGACCUCGUUGUUCAAAAAGGCGGUCAGCGGCGACGAUGUAUACAAGAAGAAUCUGAGGACGAAGACCAGUCCAGCAGAUGUGAUUAUGUGGAGUGGGAGCAAGGACCAGCAGACUUCCGCCGACGCCUCCAUUGGCGGCGAAGCGACUGGCGCCAUGUCCUGGGCCUUCAUCACCUCGCUGCGCAAAAACCCCAAUCAGAGCUACGUUCAGCUGCUCAACAGCAUCCGCGACGAGCUCGAGGGCAAGUACGCGCAGAAGCCACAGUUGAGUUGUAGUCACCCGCUGAAUGUGGACCUGCUUUAUGUCAUGUGA